AGUGGGCGUACUUGAGCGGCUAGUGCCCCAGAGCUUCCCAGCAGUGCCUGCAAACUCAGAGGAGCUUCUUUCGCCCCCACCCGCACCCCGGAGGCUCCACAAGUUCCACUCUGGGAGUCGGGCUCCUCCAGCUGCCAGGACCCCCAAGCCACCUGCUGGAGCCAUGGAGCCACAGGCCGAGGGGCCAACGCAGACUUUCAGCUAUGUGGUCCAGGCACCAGGUGGCGAUGACACGGACGUCAUGAAUGUGAAGGUGAAGAUCGACACACGCUGGGUUUUCAGGGACGCAGACGAGAGUGACGAAGAGGAGGCCCCGGGCUGUGCCGGCAGGGAGGCUGCCCACCCUGGCCUGCUCAGCAAACCCCACGAUCGCUCAGAGCAGACACUGCUGGCGCUGGUGGACACGUCCGAGAGGUCACAGUCAGGACUAAGGAGCAGGAUCCGGGAGCUGGAGCGGUCAGAGCGCAGACUCAUGCGGGAGCUGGAGCAGACACGGGCCCGCGCCGCUCAGGAGAGGAGCCGCUUCCUGUUGGCCCAGGAGCAGCUGGACGCUCUGCGGGGAGCCCUGGCCCGCCAGGUCCGGGAGCAGGAGCGCGCGCGAAGGCGGCAGCAGCGGCUGCGGGAGCUGGUGCGGGCCCAGGACGCGGUGCUGGGGCAGCAGGCGGUGGCCCUGGAGCGCGCGAGGCGGACGCAUUGGCACCAGCUGCGCCUGGCGCGCGGGCAGGAGCGCCAGCUGCGGGCACAGGUCGGGCGGCUGCAGCGGGACGUGCGGCGCCUCUGUCGGGCCGCCAGCCUCCUGCUGGCCGAGCUGGAUCCCCAGGGUCCCCCGAGGCCCCCGUCCUCCAGGGCCGAGCCUGGGCAGCAGGAGGAGCUGGACUUGCCCGACUUCAGCCGCCUGGGCCUUAGGGGGCCACCCCGUCGCCCCCCGAGCCUGCUGGACGAGCCGGGUCACUGCCACCCGCACCAGGCAGCUCCUCAACCUCCCACCACGACCACCCUGGGAACCCCCCACACUACAGGGGCCUGGGCUCUGGGGAGCUGCACCAAAGUCCCCCCAACUGAGGAGGAUUUCCCAGGCCACACACAGGCCAGACCCCCACCCCUGGCCCCGGAGGACCAGGCCCUCCCUGUCUGCAGGACCGUCUGCUGCGAGGGUGCCCCAGGGCCCAGAGCCUCUGCAGGCCUGCCUCUGGGGUACCCCCACUCCCUGCACUGUGUCAGGGCUGAGCUCCUGGAACUCCCGGCCUAUAGGCAGUGUCUCCCAGCCGGUGACAGCUCUUCCUUUCCUGUGUGUCUGCCCAGCUCCAUUCCGCCCGUGGACCUGGCCUGGACCUCCCAGCCUGGGGUCCCUGAAGUCCCAGCCCCAGAGGCCUCCCUCUGUUUUCCUCUUGGUGAGCUGGAGGAGCUGGGAACCCACCUGGAGCCACUGCUGCCGUACCAGGAAGGCCUCCUAGAGGAGCACCGGUCCCCACAGGAACUGGACAAUGGACUCCCAAGUGCUCCUGGUGGUGUCCAAGGACAAGCCAGUCCCCUGGGGUGCUUCCCAGGGCAGCCCAGUGCGACCUGGGACCUGGAAUCCCGACACGCUGCACUCCCCCAGCGCCCCAAAAGAGGGCGCCAGUGUCAGGGAGACUUUUGCCGGGAGGGAGGAGUGCAGAGGAUGGGGAGGAGGGAGAGGGAACGGGGUUCUGAAAGCCUGGGGUGCAGGCAAGAAGCUGAAGACAUCAGUGGCAAGUUGGAGCCAAUCCCAGGAAGCAGGGCGCAUCUGAGCCUGGAGAAGACCUUGGGGGGCCCCAAGACCCAGCAGCACAAGGCUGGGGUUCCUAGAUACCCCCACACUGGCCCCUGCCCAGGACCCUCACAGCCCCUUCCUCGGGGAGGAUCCUUCAUGUCAGCAGACGGCCAAGUUCACAGAGGCAGGAAGGGGACCAGGGACACUGGGGGGCUCAUCACAGAAGACGGAGAGACCCCUGCGGGCACCGCUGAAUCCUGGGCUCCCGAGUGCCCACUAGGAGGGCAGUGCCUGGAACAGGAGGACCCAGCACACAGGAACUGUAAGCACGAUGAACUGAGCCGCAUGUGCUUUGGCAAUUGGCUGCUUGUGCAAGGAGCUAGUGCUGGGCGCCCAGAGCCGCAUGGUGAGGGGGCCUCUGUAGCUUUAUCACGGGAAGGAGGCAGGGCUGUCCCCCGGAACCCAGACUCUGAGGGCCCUGAGAACAGGGAGAGGUGCCUCCGACUGCCAAGCUGGGUCUCAUUCCCAGAACCUGCUGCCACCCUUCAAGGGGCCCCUUGCAAAGCCCAGGACAGGCUCAUGCCCCCCAUGGCUGAGCUCACAGAGGAGAUGGAAGCUCAUUUUCUGCAGCCCACGAAGCAUGAAGGACAUGAGGGCCACAUGCACACAGUUUCCACACAGAUGGCCACAGAGAGCUGGAUUUUGGUUCCGAAAUGGUCCAGCCCCCAGGAGUGUGCUUGGUUAAGCAGGGACCUGGGGGAGGUUUGCCCAGGCCGCAAAAGAGCCCCGGAGUGGAGUUUGGGAGUUCGGCACAAAGAGAGGGAAGUCCUGGGGACCAGCCAUGUCAUCCUGGGCAAGGCUCCCCUGGGGGGCUUCUCUGAGCUAGGCCUGAGUCAGCCCUCCCCACCACCUGCGUCUCUGGAGAGGGCUGGGAGAUGGUUCUGUGAGCUCGUUUCUGCACAGAAAACAGAGCAAAGCUCCUUCUGGCAGGACAAUGUGCAGCUUCAGGGAGCUGAAGAGAAAAGUGACCCAAAAGUGCUUGCCUUGGAGGACAAGAGGGAGAGAGUUGCAGCCAUGACAGACCAGGGCCCGCUGGUGGACGCCCUGUCCAGCUGCAAGAGCGACCUGGCCCAGGCUCUGCAGGCCAUCUCCGACCUGGAGCACUGCAACCAGAGCAACUACCGCAAGAUUUCUCAGCUGGAAGAGGACAAAGAGAGGCUGCAGAGGCGCCUGAGGAGGUUGCACCGGGCUGUGUGGGAGCGCGCCGGUUCCUGCCGAGGUGCAGCCAAGCAGGUCCGUCUGGGAAAUCUUGAGCUCAAGGCACUGAUCUCGGAGCUGGGGAUGAGUUUCAAAGAGCUGAUGCAGGACUUUGUGUUGGGGAUAGAAGGCGUGAUCGGGGCUGCCCAGGAGGAAAAUGCACGCCUGGGACGCAGGAUCCAGGGCCUGGAGAGGGAGGCAGAGGCCCAGAAGGCGCUUGGGAGCCCCGAGUUUCCUCAGGGAAGGAGUGAGACGGGGCUGGGUCUGGUGGACGCUUCAGAGAGGGGCGCAUGGGCAGCAGGAGUCCACAGGCCUCUGAUGGUGGACAUUGGAAUGGACUUAACUGGGGUGUGGCCGGACUCUCCUUCCAUAUGUUCGGCCGAGCCUGCCGCUCUAGCGUCCAUCCGCAGGUGUGCCCAGGAGCUGAGCACCUUGCAAAGCAGUACCAAUGGUGCUGGCAUGGAUGAUGCACAUUUGGAGGCGGAAGAGAAGAAAGCACCACCGCAUACUGCAGACCAAGAACCAGCUCUGAGGUCCCUGAAUAUAGGCUCCUGGCCCUGGGGCUCCGAGGCUGACACCCCAUCCACAGAGCAGGAGCUCAAGCUCUGCGUGCGGCGUCUGCGCCUCCAGCUGGGGACACUGCGGUGCCAGCUCCGGGACCAAGGCGCAGCCAGGGAUGCUGCUCUUCACCUCCGGGACCAGCUUCAGGGUCAGCUUGAAGAACUUCGGGAAAAGCACCAUGAAUCCUGUGUAUCUGUGGCCCCACUGAAGGCCCAGCUGGCAUGUGCGGAGCGGAAGUUCCAGAAACAGGAAGCCCUCAUCACGCAGCUGCUACGGGAGCGACAUCCACAUGUGCCCACCUGCCCCCCUCUCGAGGACACGGCCCUGGCUCAGGACAACAGAGCCUUCCUGGAACCCCAGCUCUCCCAAAUAAGCCCUCUGCUGAAGGAUAAGGAGGAGGAAAAAGAAGAGGAAGAGGAAGAGGAGGAGAAGGAAGAGGAGGAGAAGGAGCCCUUUCUGAAAGGUGAGACUUUCUCCAAGGGAAGCUGGUCCUGGCGAGGUGAGAGGGGAGGGCUUUACCCGUGGAUGGAUUGUUUCUUUCCAGCUCAGUGGCUCCUGCUGGGUCCCCAGACACACCCAGACCUCCAAAGACCAGCAGGGUCCCCACCCACUUCUGAGGCUAAGGGGUUCAUGGAGCCAGAUGCCACGCAGUGCACCCCAAAAUCGGAGUCUGCGGCUGAGUGGGGGACAUUGCCGACUGCCGUUCUGCCCACCGAGGGGCCCUGGUGUCCUGCAUCACUGUUGCAAGAAAAAGGCGACUCAGUAUGUCCUGUCACUACCCCUGGAGCUCACAGCCCCCCGCCGCCCCCCGAGCUGCAGAGCCCUGCCCGCAUCCUGGCCUUCCACCGGGAGCUGAGACUCACCUUGGGCCGCAUCUCUUGGCUCCAUCAAUCUCCUCUCAGCGCUGACUUCUCUGGGUCUGCCUCCCCAGACCCCAUAAAUAUUUGAGGCCUCCGCUUCCAAGAGCGCUUUAAGAAAUUGGAAGCCAUCAAAGGCUUUGUUCCCCAGCGGCAAGUCUGCAAGGCCAGCCGGUUCAUUGUCAGGGGCUUGGGGGACGGUUUAGGGGUGGGGAUUUCUGCGGGUCUGUGGGAGCUUGGAUGAGAAACAUGCCUCUGAAACCCUGAGGUCACCACGUAGGAGAGUGUCAAGGCUGUGCAGGGAGAGGCUGGUCUGGGGUCCUCUCCCCGACACCGCCAAAUCUGACCGUGCCUAGGGACAUUGGGGACAGGGCAUCUUGACUGGGAAGAAACUGCUAAAGGUUUCUAGUGGGUGGAGCCCAGGGAUGCUGCUGAAACUGAACAUGGGACAGUCCCCAGAACCAAGAGUCUCCCC